AUGCAAGACCUCAAUGGACCAGUUGGCCAAGGUGCCCCUAACGGCCCUGCCAACCGCUUCGGACACGCUUCCAAGCCUUCCAACAGUGAUACCGGAUUCUCCCACGGUGCUUUCAACUCCAAUAUCUCGGGCUUCGCAGAUCGACACCCUCGAAGAGGCAACAUCCCCUCAAUCAACACUCAGCCUCAGCCAAUGGCCCAGCAGGUUUCCAACAAUGGAGCAGACAUGGCCACCCCGGGUACUGCAUUUGACAUGCAAUUUACCCCCCUUUUGCCUUCUCAGCUGCUUCUAGGCAGUCCUUUCCAGCCUGGCACACCAGCUGCCUUCGCCAGCCCUCAGUUCCAGAGCAUUCCUGGGUUUCAACAGCAACAGGGAGGUCACCACCAGCAGAAUGGGAUCUCAAGCCCUGUGCAGCAGACCAUCUCGCCUCAGUCGUAUGGAGGAAUAGUCUCUCCUUCUACCUAUGGCGCUCCUCAAUUCUAUCCUCCCCAGUCCCCCACUGGUGGUUACGGCAUGCAAGCACCUCUGCCUCCUACCUCGCCUGUUUCAAUGGGCUCUGGUGUUGUUACAGGAACUAGCCGAACUGUCUAUCUGGGUAACAUUCCCCCGGACACUGUUGCUGAGGAGAUUCUUGGUCAUGUUCGAAGUGGUCAAAUCGAGUCCGUCCGUCUCUUGCCUGACAAGAACUGUGCUUUCAUCUCAUUUCUCGAUGCUAGCUCUGCUACUCACUUCCACUCUGAUGCUAUCUUGAAAAAGCUCUGCAUCAAGGGUCAAGAUAUCAAGAUUGGUUGGGGUAAACCCUCUCAGGUUCCCACUUCUGUCGCUCUGGCUGUCCAGCAGUCAGGCGCAUCGCGAAAUGUGUAUCUUGGUAACCUUCCUGAGGAGGUCUCAGAGGAGGAACUGAGAGAGGAUCUUGGUAAGUUCGGUGCGAUUGACACGAUCAAGAUUGUCCGCGAGAAGAACAUUGCGUUCGUGCACUACCUUUCGAUCGCCAACGCCAUCAAGGCAGUCUCUCAGCUCCCGCAGGAACCCAAGUGGCAGGCUCCUCGUCGUGUGUACUACGGCAAGGAUCGCUGUGCCUAUGUCUCCAAGACGCAGCAACAAAACGCUGCUCAGUACUUGGGUAUUGCUCCUGGGUACGCCCACAUGCUGACAGGUGCUGAUCGCGACUUGAUCUCGAACGCCCUUGCUCAACAGUCUGUCGCUGCCGCUGCUGUCGCCACGACUGCUGGUGGUAUUAACAACCUCGGUAACCGAACCAUUUACCUGGGCAACAUCCACCCCGAGACGACGAUUGAGGAGAUUUGCAAUGUUGUUCGUGGCGGACUUCUUCAUCACAUCCGUUACAUCCCCGACAAGCAUAUCUGCUUUGUUACCUUCAUCGACCCUACCGCAGCUGCAUCUUUCUACGCCCUCAGCAACAUCCAAGGUCUUAUGAUCCACAACCGACGUCUCAAGAUUGGCUGGGGCAAGCACUCUGGAGCUCUUCCCCCAGCCAUUGCCCUGGCUGUAAGCGGAGGUGCUUCCCGAAACGUCUACAUCGGUAAUCUCGACGAGACCUGGACCGAGGAGCGGCUGCGACAGGACUUCUCCGAGUAUGGCGAGAUUGAACUUGUCAACACCUUGCGCGAAAAGAGCUGUGCUUUCGUCAACUUCACCAACAUUGCCAACGCUAUCAAGGCUAUCGAGGCUAUUCGGGGUCGGGAAGAUUACAGGAAGUUCAAGGUCAACUUUGGCAAGGACCGCUGCGGUAACCCCCCUCGCCAAAUGCAGCAGGCUCAGUCACCUCGAGGGGACGGUGUCUCUUCUCCCCCGCCGAACGGAUCCCAAAACAGCGGCUCUCCUACCAACGGCAACACACCUCAGCAGUCAGCUGCUCUCUUCAAUGCCAACAGCAACCCGCUGACGAUGUACCUGAGCCAAGUGUCCCACCAGGCUCAGCAACAGCAGCAUCACCAGCAGCAACAAAUCGCUGCUCAGCAGAAUGCUUUGUUCGGCACAGCGCAGCCAUCGCCUAGCGACCUCGAUCUCGCCAUGUCUCAGCAAGUUCCCGUUUCCGGUCACGGCCAGUCAGCAAGCAUCUCAAACGGCUACCCAGCCAACAGCGCAGCACCCGGUUCAACCACUAUCGGUGGCCUCUUGGCCCCCGGUCGUGGCCAGCACAGCAGGGCUGUCAGUCUCCCCGUACUUGCUCCUGGAUUCGAGAAUGGUGGCAACUCCAACGGCAUGCCCGCUGAGAAUGAGCGACGAGGCCAUCACUACCAAGCUAGCUACGGUGGUAUGGGGUCAGGAUUCGGCCUUGCCAUUCAAGGAGGCCUGAACGGAUGGGUUGAAGAGGAGGUUGCCAACUAA